GUUUCAAGGUUACUCCAUAACCUUUCCACAAGAAAACUCUCCACUCAAAUAUUCGUCUAGCUUCCACAUAACCCACCGCAUAAUGAGCAAAUCAUUGUCAAUCCUCUGUUUCGGCAACUCCCUGACAGCAGGAUACUACAACUGGGGCCUGGAAUACCACCCUUACGCAUGGAAACUGGAAGAACGCCUCAAGGCUGCAUUUCCAACCCACACCAUCCGGAUUGAUGUCGACGGGCUGCCGGGCGACUUAGUCAAUAGCCCUCCGGGGCGCUUUCUGCCUCGCUUGGAGCAGAAAUGCGCAGCAGCAUCUUAUGAUUGGGUGAUUAUGCUUGGUGGGACAAAUGACCUCGGCUACAUGUACCCCGCCGAAAAGAUCUUUCCCGGGUUGAUUCAGGCCUGGACCACGGCUAUAAAAAGCGGCGCCAACGUGCUUGCUCUGACAGUCCCUGAAUGUGGGGCGGUGCAUCAGAGGUUGAAUAAUGCACGGGCGGAGCUCAACUCGCAAAUCUUGAGUUAUGACGCUGAUAGCUUUUAUGCCUUCGAUCUCCACAAAGAGGUUCCCUAUCAUAGCGCUGCACAGGACUUCAAGGAGAAGAUCUGGGAUGACGGGGUUCAUAUGAAACCAGAUGGUUAUGAUCUAGUUGGGAAUUUGAUCGCAGAUCAUUUGAUUCAAUUGCUCAGCUAGAGACCAGAGGCAGACCAGGGUAUCUAGGAGAUUCAUAGUCAGAUCCUUGGUAUGCAGAGUCAUGUGUGUCCUGAAUGAGAUAGAGAGAUUGAAAAUAACCUUGGGAGC